CAAAAUUAUGGUGAGUGAAGAUUUAAAAACUAAAAAAUAUGAUAGACAAUUAAGAUUAUGGGGAAAUGAGGGUCAAACAUGUUUAGAAAGUUCUAGCAUAUGUCUGCUUAAUGCCUCUGUAACUGGAACUGAAAUUCUUAAAAAUUUGGUUUUAGCAGGAAUAGGAAGCUUUACCAUAAUAGAUGACAAACCAAUAAUGGAUGAUGACAUUUACAACAAUUUUAUGAUCAAUCUUCCCCCUAAGAACACUACUAGUGACAAAAAUAAUCUUGAUUUGAAAGGAUCAAUCAUAGUCAAGAAUCUACUGGAAUUGAAUCCUUACGUUAAAGGUUCCCACAUUAAUAAAGGUAUAGAAUCAAUUCUUGAAGAAAAGAAUAUAGGUUCCUUAGACUGUUUUGACCUGAUUAUAGCUAGUCACAUCAAUGACAACGAAUUGUCAAUUUUAUCCAAUUUCACGUGGGAACAUAAAAUACCGUUCAUUCAUUGCGAAUCGUUUGGUUUUUUCGGUUUCAUGAAAAUAUCCUUCGAUGAAAUGGCGAUUAUCGAUACGCACCCGGAAAACAGCAUUCCCGAUUUACGGAUCAUUCGUCCAUUUCCGGAAUUCCAAGAAUAUUUGGAAAGCAUAGACUUCUCGGCCAUGAAUAAAAAUCAACUCAAAAAGUAUCCUUACAUAAUAAUUUUGGCAAAAUUAUGGCGGGCUUAUCUCUCCCGACGACAGAAUUCCGAAAAUAUGUCAGAAGAUGACAACGGUGAUGCAUCCCACGAAACGGUCAAAAUAUUUUCAUCUAAUCUCGACAGACAUCGAAAGAACGAAUUCGCCACUUACGUCAAGCAAUAUUUCGAACGCUACAAAAAAGUUAUCACGCCUUCCGCUGAUGAGUUUGGACUAACGUCGGAAGCGGAACAUGAUUGGUCCGAUAUGGUUAACGAAUGCGUCAAGGCCACAAACACGUGCUUGAUAGAUGAAACCAAAAUUCCUCAAAACGUCGAAGAAAUUUUGAAAGAUCGCAAGUGCGGCUUGGAAUACCUUUCCCGAAAGACGGUUAAUUUGGUUCGACACGAGACAGAAACGCUUUCCCAAACCGGAAUAAAAAAUGUCGAGGGGCCGAAUGCCGAAAAGGGCGCCAGUCUUUCUUCCCGCGAAUACCAUCGCGACAACUAUAAAUUUUGGUGCUUGGCCUAUACCCUCAAACUGUUCAUUGAUAAAUACGGCAAGCUACCUCUCAGAGGCAUUUUACCCGACAUGAACUGCGAUACAGAGAUUUACGUCGAAAUUCUCACAUUAUUCAGACGCCGUUUCGCCGAAGAAUGCCUCCAAUUUAAGGAAAUUUGGGAACGAGAAGUGCUUGAAAUACUCGACACUUCUUCUCCUUCCGCCGAGAUUGGUUGUUCCUCAUCGCUCAAAAUUCAUAUAACUGAUCAAGAAAUCGAAUUAUUUUGCAAAAAUUGUCAUUUCCUUAGAGUCGUACGAGGUCUUCCGGCUGAGAACGAAGUUUCGGCGUUAUUCGAUUCGAUGUUGAGCCCCUUACCAGAUCAAGAAAUUUCAGAGAAUGUAUCAGCUUUGAGCCCCAAAGACUUGAGCCUCAUUUACUGCCUUAUCAGAUGCUAUUCCAAAUUCGCCUCUGAAAUAAAGGAACAACCCAUCGUCGCUUACAAAGGAGGUGCUAACGAGAUGCGCAAUAUAAAAACUUUGAAAGAAUGUGUUAGGAACUUUGUGGAAGAUAGAUGUAGCCCUGGCCAGGCCCAAGAAUUGCGAGAAUUGAUCGAUGCUGAACGAACCGAGGCUUUAAUGAAGGAAAUGUUAAAGCACUAUGAAUCACUCGAAUUAAUUACGACUUGCUCGUUUCUCGGUGGGAUAGCUUCCCAACAAUGCGUUAAAGUGUUAACUAGACAAUACGUCCCCUUCAAAGGAACAUUCAUCUACAGCGGGAUAGAUGGCAGCAACGCUCAAUUCUCAUAGCUCCUCAAAAAAAAUUGAAAAUUAUUAUAUAUUCACAGACCUCCUUUGAAGUCUUUAAUACAUUUAUAUAUUAUAUAUAUUUU